AUGUCAAAUUUUCAACCAAUUAAUCCAACACCAUUUUUAAAAUCAUUAAUAGGUAAAACUAUUAUUGUUCGAUUAAAAUGGAAUAAAACUCAAUAUAAAGGUACAUUAGUAUCGAUUGAUAAUUAUAUGAAUCUACAAUUAGAUCAAACUUAUGAAAUAAUACUGGAAAGUACAGACACAGAUGCCACUAAAGAGGAAUUAAUUGGAGAAAUUUUCAUUAGAUGUAAUAAUGUAUUAUUUAUUCGUGAAUAUAAGGAACAACAACAGCCGGUAGAUUCGAAGCCUAUAGAAAAUGGUGAUAAAAAUGGAAAGAUAGACAAAGAAAGUGUGGAAGAAGAGGAGAAAGCUACGAAUAAUGAAGAUAUUGAGAUUGAUAAAGAAUAA